AUGAGCUGCUACUACGGCAGCUACUUUGGCGGCUGCGGUUAUGGCGGCCUGGGCUGGGGUUACGGCGGCCUGGGCUGUGGCUAUGGCUGUGGCAGCUACCGAGGCCUUGGCUGGGGCUAUGGUUACCCCUACGGUUGUGGUUACGGCUCCGGCUUCGGAUACGGCUGCUACCGCCCCUCCUGCUGUGGGUAUAAAGGGCCCGGGCGGACGGUGGCGUUCAAACUCACAUCCAUUCCUCGCCUCCACACCACCAAACCCUCCUUCUCUGAAACCAUGAGCUGCUACUACGGCAACUACUUCGGCGGCUGCGGCUCCGGAGGCCUGGGCUGGGGCUACAGCGGCCUGGGCUGUGGCUACAGCUGCGGCGGCUACCGGGGCCUGGGCUGGGGCUACGGGUACCCCUACGGCUACGGCUGCGGCUUCGGCCGUGGAUGCGGAUACGGCUGGUUCUGA